AUGAGCAAAUUAGCCACUUGGAUCAAAGAUGGUGACAGGGCUCUGAUUCGCUUGAACAAGGCAAUCGCCAGGAACAAUGACGACCCAGAAUCAGAACUCUCGCAUGUUGAAUUUCCGCUACCAGGAGUAAUGGAGGUCCAAAGCAUUCUCAAGUAUCGAAAACAACAACGUGACAAGCUGCGAGGUCAUAGCCUAGCCGAACACCGCCGCCGUUUCCUUCUCAACUUUGAUAAAAACAUCCACCAAGCAUGCAUAUUGUUGAACCAGCAAAAGCUGGAUGGAACAAUUGCCGACUUGUUGCAACCAUUGGAGAACAUCCGGGCCGCCUUGAAAGAUCUUUGCGUUGUAGAGGCCAGUGACGAUGCAGAAGCAGUGACCGAGCCGGAGUUACCACGGGAGCUCCUCAGGGAGAAUGUUGAUUGCAACCCACGGCAAGUAUGGCUCAUGAUCAAGCUUGGCUACACCAGAAUUUGUCUCGAAAUCCAGAUACAUAUUCUCAAGCAUAUAUAUCCAGAUCAAAUCGACUUUUGGGCUGAGGCGGAAGAGGACUUAGUUGCCAUGUAUUUGAACACUGAAGAGCCUGCGGAAUGGUAG